CCCCGACUACGAGGCGCUGCCCCAAGGCGCCGCCGUGUCCACGCACAUGCUGGCGGGCGCCGUGGCCGGCGUCAUGGAGCACUGCGUGAUGUACCCCAUCGACUGUGUCAAGACGCGGAUGCAGAGCCUGCAGCCGGAGCCCGCCGCUCGCUACCGGAACGUGCUGGAGGCCCUGUGGCGCAUCGCCCGCACCGAGGGCGUCUGGCGGCCCAUGCGGGGCCUGAACAUCACCGCCACCGGCGCCGGGCCGGCGCACGCCCUCUACUUCGCCUGCUACGAAAAGUUAAAAAAGACGCUGAGCGACGUUAUCCACGCAGGGGGCAAUAGCCAUGUGGCCAACGGUGCAGCCGGGUGUGUAGCAACGUUGCUCCACGAUGCAGCCAUGAACCCUGCUGAAGUGGUGAAGCAGAGGAUGCAGAUGUACAACUCGCCUUACCAGCACGUGAUGGACUGUGUGCGGGCCGUGUGGCGCAACGAAGGGGCCGGAGCGUUCUACCGCAGCUACACCACCCAGCUCACCAUGAACAUCCCCUUCCAAGCCAUUCACUUCAUGACCUACGAGUUCUUGCAGGAGCAGCUCAACCCCCACAGACAGUACAACCCAGGCUCCCACGUGGUCUCCGGAGCCUGCGCGGGGGCUGUGGCUGCUGCCGCCACUACGCCUUUGGACGUUUGCAAAACGCUGCUCAACACCCAGGAGUCGCUGGCCUUGAGCUCCAACAUCAGCGGACACAUCACAGGCAUGGCGAAUGCCUUCAGGACGGUGUACCAGGUGGGCGGUGUGACCGCCUACUUCAGAGGGGUCCAGGCCAGAGUCAUUUUUCAGAUGCCCUCGACGGCGAUUGCCUGGUCUGUGUACGAGUUCUUCAAAUACAUCCUUACCAAGCGCCAGGAGGAGCGUCGGGCUGGCAAGUGAUCCAGAGCCAAACGCCGUUCCAGACCUGUCUCACAUCCCCUCCUGGUGUGUCUUCUGACCCCUCUCCCUUUUUGGUUUGGUUGUGUUGAAGAGAGGGGCAGUGAAGCCCUUUGGGGUUUAGCGAUGCCAUUUUUUGCCUGUGGCUGUUGCAGCGCUGCUCAGGCUGCACAGCUUGCUCUCUGCUGGGCUCCUCCGAGAUGUCCUGCUGGCAGCUGCAGCCCAGGUCACACGCCCUGGCACUUUGGUGGAGCUGUGCUCCUGAUUUCCUUAACCACAACAUCUCACGCAAAACUCGGCCCUGCUCAGAGGGAAGGUGAAUGUUCUGGCCUGCCCCAGCAGGGCCAAGCUGAGCUCGCAGUCACCAAGGAGGGGGUGACAGUGGGAUGCUGGGGGCUUGGUCUGGCUUUUGGCUGAAGCAAAGUGCAAGUCUUGGCCGUUGUCUCGUAGCACGCACAGUGAUGCUGACUGCCCUGGUGGUGGUGGUGGGCGAGGGGAGGAUGGCACUUGAGGAGGGAGCCUGUAGGUUUGUUCUUGUUCCUGCUCUUGACACCUCCAAUAAAAACAGUUCUGCUCUA